CAGCUUUAGUUAUCUUGAUGUUUGGGAGUUGCACUAUUAUCCCCCAUGACAAAGGCUUGAGUCUUACUUAUCACUUUAAUCCAAAAUAUUUUUAUAUAAAAAUUUUAAAAUAAAUAAAAAAAUAGCAAUCCAAACCCUGGGUCCCAUCACCUCAACCAAUCAAAUAAUAUAAUUAUCACUGAAGACAAUCAACCCCUUUCCCGGCCUUUUAUUCAAUUCGGGAAACAACUAACGGACGCAAACAAAUACAGCAAAACGACAGGCAGGCGGCUCCUAACGGAUGCUGGCGUCAAACUUAACGGUGUCUCCGCGGCCGUAACGGCAGCCCUCCUUCCUCCUCGUCUCCUCCACCCCUCCUACCCCCAAAAUUCUCGAAUCCGAAUUCCAGCAGUACACUCGUCUCUUCCCAAAAUAUCCACUCAGUUUUGUUUAAUUCGUUCCCAUGAUGCUCCGGAGCCUCCUCCACCAUUGAUGGGAGCCCAACCUCCUCCGAUCCCAUGAGACCCAAGCGCUCCGACCGCGAGGACGAGGACCGGGCGCGCAAGAGGCAGCACCAGUCCGGCUCGCCCUCCGGCGAGGCGGCGGAGGAGAGGGGAGGCGGGGGAGGAGCGGAAUCGAGGGGGCUCCGGAUGCUGGAGCUGCUGCUCCAGUGCGCGGAGGCGGUGGCGAUGGACCACCUGGCGGAGGCCCGCGACCUCCUUCCGGAGAUCUCGGAGCUGGCCUCUCCCUUCGGCUCCCCGCCGGAGCGCGUCGCCGCCUACUUCUCCGAGGCCCUCCACGUCCGGAUCGUGAGCUCCCUCCUCGGCGCCUACUCCCCUCUCGCACUCAAAUCCCUCACCCUCGCCCAGAACCGACGAAUCGCCCAAGCCUUCCAGGUCUACAAUUCCAUCGCCCCCCUCGUCAAAUUCUCCCACUUCACCGCCAACCAGGCCAUCUUCGAGGCCCUCGACGGCGAGGAUCGCGUCCACGUCGUCGACCUCGACAUCAUGCAGGGACUCCAGUGGCCGGGCCUCUUCCACCUCCUCGCCUCCCGCCCGGCCAAGAUGCGCUCCAUCCGCAUCACCGGCCUCGGCUCGUCCCUCGAGCUGCUGGAGGCCACCGGCCGCCGGCUCUCAGACUUCGCCGCCGGCCUCGGGCUCCACUUCGAGUUCCGGCCCCUCGAGGCCAAGAUCGGCCACGUUACCGACCCCGGCGUCUUCGCCCCCCGCGACCCCCGGGAGGUCACCGUCGUCCACUGGAUGCACCACUGCCUCUCCGACGUCACGGGCUCCGACCUCGGCACCGUCCGCCUCCUCAAGGCCCUCCGGCCGAAGCUCGUCACCGUCGUCGAGCAAGAUCUGAGCCACGGUGGAGAUUUCCUGGGGAGAUUCGUGGAGGCGCUGCACUACUACUCGGCGCUGUUCGACGCUCUCGGGGACGGGGCGGAGAUGGAGAGCGUGGAGCGGCACGCGGUGGAGCGGCAGCUACUGGCGGUGGAGAUCAAGAACAUCGUGGCGGUCGGGGGCCCGAAGAGGACGGGGGAGGCGAAGGUCGAAAGGUGGGGGGAGGAGCUCCGGCGGGCGGGGUUCCGGCGGGUGUCGCUGGCCGGGAGCCCCGGGGCGCAGGCCAGCCUCCUGCUGGAGAUGUUCCCCUGGAAGGGAUACACGCUGGUGGAGGAGGGUGGCUCCUUGAAACUCGGGUGGAAGGAUCUCUCCUUGCUCACCGCCUCGGCGUGGCGGCCCUCGGAGCCGCCGCCGCCGGCCAACGACGAUGGCAUUCGCCACCACGUCGUUUCAUGAGAAAUUUUACCAUUGUUUUUUGUUUUGCAUGUUCAUUAUUUUUCUCAGUAUCGUAUCAAAUCUUCCUUCCAUCUUGCAUGUUGAGAUGAUGCUGGUUUUAGCUGCCUUUGGAGACUACUGGGAGACGUAGGGCGGUGAAAGAGGAUAUGUAGCUUUAUUUGCUGCUCACCAGUGAGAAGACGUGUCAGAAAGACAUUCUUGAAUUGUUUUCUUGUUUUUUUUUACUUCCUAAAAAAAAAAAUUGUAUCUUUUGCGCGAAGAAGGCUUUAUCUUCCCUUCUUCGCGCGAAUCUACUGUUGGAUCGUGCAAUGCGCAAUAGAAACUUUCAAAUAAAUAAAAGAAUUUGGAAUGCUUUGAGAUUU